CGGUCCGGGUCAUCGUGUCCUGCCUGCACCGGAGGGAGCUUUGCCUCGGGGUCGAGCAAACGCAGAAACUAAUCUACCAGUAAGACAGAAACCGUCUCCGCCAGUCAAGAGACCCUCACAAGCACUUUGCCAUGGAUGUAGAAGAAGAAGAAAACAUGAGUUCGAGCAGCACAGAUGUUAAGGAAAGCUGCGGUCUGGACAGCGCGCCCCCCACGGACGGCAGCGCCCCCGGGCCUGGCGAGGGCGCCCCGCUCUCCAACGGGGGCGGUGGCGGCACCGGCCGGAAGCGGCCCCUGGAGGAGGGCAGCAAUGGCCACGCCAAGUUCCGCCUGAAGAAGAGGAGGCGGCCGCCGGGGCCCGCGCUGCCCAAGAACGCCCUGAUGCAGCUGAACGAGAUCAAGCCCGGCCUGCAGUACGCGCUGCUGUCGCAGACGGGGCCGGUGCACGCGCCUCUGUUCGUCAUGUCCGUCGAAGUGAACGGGCAGGUGUUCGAGGGCUCCGGCCCCACCAAGAAGAAGGCCAAGCUGCACGCCGCGGAGAAGGCCCUGCGCUCUUUCGUUCAGUUCCCCAACGCCUCCGAGGCCCACCUGGCCAUGGGGAGGACCCUGUCCGCCAACACGGACUUCACGUCCGACCAGGCUGACUUCCCCGACACGCUCUUCAACGGCUUCGAGACCCCGGACAGGUCGGAUGCGCCCUUCUACCUGGGCUCCAACGGGGACGACUCCUUUAGUUCCAGCGGGGACCUCAGCUUGGCCGCGUCCCCGGCACCCGCCGGCCUCGCGCAGCCUCCCCUGCCCGGCCCUCCGCCGUUCCCGCCGCCGAGCGGGAAGAACCCCGUGAUGAUCCUGAACGAGCUGCGGCCGGGGCUCAAGUACGACUUCCUGUCGGAGAGCGGGGAGAGCCACGCCAAGAGCUUUGUCAUGUCUGUGGUGGUGGACGGCCAGUUCUUCGAGGGCUCGGGCCGGAACAAAAAGCUCGCCAAGGCCCGGGCUGCGCAGUCUGCCCUGGCGACCAUUUUUAAUUUGCACUUGGAUCAAACACCGUCUCGCCAGCCCAUCCCCAGCGAGGGCCUUCAGUUGCAUUUACCGCAGGUGUUAGCGGACGCCGUGGCUCGCCUGGUGCUGGAUAAGUUCGGUGACCUGACGGACAACUUCUCCUCUCCUCACGCACGUAGGAAAGUUCUUGCCGGCAUCGUCAUGACAACAGGCACAGAUGUGAAAGAUGCCAAGGUGAUAAGUGUCUCUACGGGAACAAAGUGCAUUAAUGGCGAGUACAUGAGUGAUCGUGGCCUUGCGUUAAAUGACUGCCACGCGGAGAUAGUAGCUCGGAGGUCCCUGCUCAGAUUUCUUUAUACACAGCUUGAGCUUUACUUAAAUAGCAAAGACGAUCAAAAAAGGUCCAUCUUUCAGAAGUCAGAGCGCGGCGGGUUCAGGCUGAAGGAGAGCGUUCAGUUCCAUCUGUAUAUCAGCACGUCUCCCUGUGGGGACGCCAGAAUUUUCUCGCCGCACGAGCCGAUUCUGGAAGGGGCUGCUGCACUUGUUUGCCGUGAGGAGAGGAGAGGACUUUCACCUGGCCUUCCUCUCCUAGAACCAGCAGACAGGCAUCCAAACCGCAAAGCCAGAGGACAGCUGCGGACGAAAAUAGAGUCUGGCGAAGGCACGAUUCCGGUGCGGUCCAACGCCAGCCUGCAGACGUGGGACGGGGUGCUGCAGGGCGAGAGGCUGCUCACCAUGUCCUGCAGUGACAAGAUGGCCCGGUGGAACGUGGUGGGCGUCCAGGGCUCACUGCUCAGCAUCUUCGUGGAGCCGAUCUACUUCUCAAGCAUCAUCCUGGGCAGCCUCUACCACGGGGACCACCUCUCCAGGGCCAUGUACCAGAGGAUCGCAAACAUAGAAGACCUGCCCCCGCUGUACGCCCUCAACAAGCCCCUGCUCAGCGGCAUCAGCAACGCAGAAGCACGGCAGCCAGGGAAGGCACCCAACUUCAGCGUCAACUGGACGGUGGGCGACUCGGCCAUCGAGGUCAUCAACGCCACGACGGGGAAGGACGAGCUGGGCCGUGCAUCCCGCCUGUGUAAGCACGCCUUGUACUGUCGCUGGAUGCGUGUGCACGGCAAGGUUCCCUCCAACUUGUUACGGUCCAAGAUUACCAAGCCCAACAUGUACCAUGAAUCCAAACUGGUAGCGAAGGAGUACCAGGCCGCCAAGGCGUGUCUGUUCAAAGCGUUCAUCAAGGCGGGGCUGGGCGCCUGGGUGGAGAAGCCCACAGAACAGGACCAGUUCUCUCUCACACCCUGACCUGGGGCCUGGGGCCGGGGCUGCUGCGUCCAGCGCUGUCUCCGGAACGUCCCGUCUGGACCGGGGGCAGGUGUGGGGACGCGGGGUGCUGGGCGUCCAGCGCUGUCUCCGGAAGGUCCGGUCUGGACUGGGGGCAGGUGUGGGGACGUGGGGUGUUGGGCGUCCAGCACUUUCUCCGGAACGUCCCGUCUGGACUGGGGGCAGGUGUGGGGACGCGGGGUGCUGGGCGUCCAGCGCUCUCUCCGGAAGGUCCCGUCUGGACUGGGGGCAGGUGUGGGGACGCGGGGUGCUGGGCGUCCAGCGCUCUCUCCGGAACGUCCCGUCUGGAUUGGGGGCAGGUGUGGGGACGCGGGGUGCUGGGCGUCCAGCGCUCUCUCCGGAACGUCCCGUCUGGACUGGGGGCAGGUGUGGGGACGCGGGGUGCUGGGCGUCCAGCGCUUUCUCUGGAACGUCCCGUCUGGAUUGGGGGCAGGUGUGGGGACGCGGGGUGCUGGGCAUCCAGCGCUUUCUCUGGAACGUCCCGUCUGGAUUGGGGGCAGGUGUGGGGACGCGGGGUGCUGGGCGUCCAGCACUGUCUCCCCCGGAACACGUGUCUGGACUGGGGGCGGGCGCGCACUUCGGGGAGGGUGGGGAGGGUGUUGGGGUUCAGUGUCCCCACCUGGCACCCCUGUGCAGCGGCAUUACCCCUUUGAAUUGUCCAGUGACUGCUUUCAAUCUCCGUUUACGUUUAGAAAUUGAGUUCUACUGAGUAGGGCUUCCUUAAGUUUAGGAAAAUAGAAACUACUUUGUGUGAAAUUUUUGAAUAAAUAAUUUAUUCAGAGUUAGGAACGUGGUUUAUAAAAUAAGUAAUUAUAUCAGGUCACUCUUACGCCACAUUACUUUAUGUGUGGAGAAGGGGAGAGCGUAGGGAGAGGUUGGAGGCGGUAGCCUGAAGAGAGCGUCAGGGCUGUGUUACUGGUGGGUCUCCUGCCCGCCCGCCGUGACCCGGCUGCCCUCAGUGACUGUCCCAGCCUGCCCGGGAGAGGACCCUGCACGGCAGGCCCAGCCCAGCGCAUACACGCGGCCCCUGGCGUGGUGUCGGCGUGCGUCCGUGAGGGUGCAGCCUGGAUCCCUCUAACCUUUAGCCCCCCCGGAAGCUUCUGUGCCCCUCCUAGGGUUGCAUCGUGGAAAACGUGUUGGUUCACUUCUAAGUGAUCAAAGGUACAACGUGGGUGGUAAUCCUGGCCAUUCAUUGGAGAUUUUUCAGCAGUAUUUAACUUUUAGGGACUAGGAGGAAUCCACAGAGGCUACUGCACAAUUUUAUUCCUUCCUCUGAAUCUAAUGAGUGUGGAUGACUCUCCAGACAUCUUCACAGAAUGGAAAUAGAAUUAGUUAAGUAGAGAUACUCAUUCUUAGAAAAUGCCACUUAAGGCAUAUUUUUAAAUUAAGCUUUAUCAAAGGUGUGUUUGAAGUCAGUAUUCAGGCCAGAAGCUGGUGAGGCCACAGACGCCGUCCCCACCAGGGUCUGCACAUUGAUUGUCACGGCAGGGAAGGGGUGCUGCUGGCGUCGGGGUGACCCGGGGACGCUGCUCCACACCCCGCAGCACCCGGGGUGGCCCCGGGCCGAGCCGGCAGAUGGUCAGGAGCGCGGGCUAGGGUCCUGGGUGGCGCCUCGCCCUGAGCUCAGAGAUUUGCACCAAUUGCCUUGUUUCUUCCACUCAGGAUCAGACAGGAGCCCGAGGAGGUGCUGGGUCAGAAGUGGGGGGGGGGGGGGGGGGGCCUGGGGGGUGCAGCAAGCAGAGAUGGGAGACCCCGCCCCGCCUUCCUGGACUCAGAAGACCUAGGACAGGAGCAGAGCAGCUACUGUCCCCUCGGUCCCGACCCCACGUGCUCAGAGCAGGAGAUUCGGACCAGAAGUGCAGAGCCUCCCGGCGCCUCUGUGGGUCCCCGGGUGGCCGGUCGCAGCCGUGGGCCCGGACCAGGGACUGACCAGGGGCAGAGGAGCGAGCCCCGCCCACACCAGCCCGCUCUCCUGCAGCCGGGGUACAGGGGCGCGGGGAGGCCACGGCCGGGCUGCGCCUUCCACCCGCAGCAGGAAAGCUGCCGGCCGGUGUCGCUCCCCUCCCCGAGCAGGCGCUCCCAACUCAGACGACAUCUGUAGCCCCUGCGUUUUUAUUCUCUCUACAAAUGGUAUUUUUUCUAACGGGGAUCGGGAGACGGACUUAGUUUUUACAGAAUACCUGGAUUUUGACUAAAAGCCCAGGGGAAAUAUAUUGCAUGUACAUACAAACGCUGCCCAGUAUGUCUGGCUUCUUCCCUCCCGUCAGGUAAAGGCUGAGGGGAGUGUGGUCCUCUCCCCGCCCCAAGUGAAGAAGGACGGCCCUACUGUGUGCUGGUCCCAAGGACCCCAGCUCCGUGGCCACCGGGACUCUCCCCAGCACGUGUGGGCCUCGUGGGCUGUGGAGGACAGCGCCCGGGGUGGGGAGGGAGGGAGGGAGCCGUGCCCGGGACGGGACAGCAGCCGGAUUAGCUCCCCCGUGAGCGGGAACCAGAGGAAGGAAACGUUAACUCCUCAGGGAGGCGGGAGGCCAGUCAGGGAACUGCACUUUAAACAGACUGCCCUAUUUGAGGCUCAGCGUGCAUUCUGCCCCGUGACUGUUUUCCGAGGUAUUAUUUUGCACACUGUGCCCUAACCCUGGAUUUCAGAGACUUGGGAAGUCUGACACCACCAAGAACCUGAUUGAGAAAAAUCAGUUGUGAAGACGUUUUGCCCAGUGGGGGUUGGGAGGGUUCUGUUCUGUUUUGUUUGCUAAACCUAAAGUAUUAACUCCAGGAAGACAGGGACCCUCAUGUGGUCCCCAGGCUCGGGGACAGCUGUCCCACUAGCAGAAGGCCCUUCGCGCCUGGGGUGGGGGUGGGGGGCCAGGCACGCCACAGAGCUCCGUUCUGAUCCUGAAUCUUAAUUGCACUUUUCAUCAUGUUUUUCUGUUUUGGAGAGUUUUAUUGAUUUAUUUAAUCAAAAACAGUUGCUGUAUCUUAAAAUGUGCAGACUGACAUCUCACAAGGCAUUGAUUUCUCUGGAAUGUAUUUUCGUUCAGAUGAUUUCCUUGGUACCCACACUCUAGACUCACUGCUUUCUUCGUAAAGACGGCGUUCCUUGUCAUCCCAAAUAGGGACGCCGAGGAGGAGGGGGCGGCUCUCUGGCUCCUCAAGGCAGGCAGAGCUGAGGGGGAUUAGUGAUGCUGGGGGCGGGGCCACACGCCGCGUCCCCUUUUAUCAAAAAACAGAAAUCGGAUGGCUCUUCACUUCUAAAAUAUUUCACACCAAAAAAAUACGGUCUGCCCCGACCGCAAGUUUGAUCUAGCAAGAGGAAUAAAAGCAGCUGGCUUUCCCAUGUGUGUGAAGUCAGAGAAUCUCUCAGAAGGUUCCUUUUUGUCAACCCCAAACUACCUAAGUGGAAAGGGCAGAGUAUUUGUGACCUUGUGUGUCCAGUGUUGUGUGUCCUUGUCCCCUGGAGUGUCCUGUGACCCUCUCCAUCCUCCUGGCCAGUCACGUGCCUCGGGGCUGGGAGGGGAGGGUCUGACUCGGUCCCGGCAUUUAGCUGACCUCUGGCACUGCUGUGUGCACCUGUUCACUGUUUGCGGCGACGAGCCCCCAGCCCCAAGAACACUUAGCUUGGCCACGCCGUGGGCUGAUGGUACAUCGCGAGCCGACGCCUGUCCUUCUGGACACGACCACGAAUGGUUAAAGUCAGUCUGCGGAACGUUUGUGGAGUGAGCCCGGAAGCAGUUUGCUUCUCCAGAUAUUGGGUCAUAUGCUUUUAUUUUACUUUAUUUUAUUUUGGAAUUUGGACACUUUAUAUGAAUGUAGUUCAGCCAAGAGCCCUGUCGCUAAGAUCCACUCCCCAGUGUUCUCUGUAUGUAUAUUGAUGUAUAUACCACACGUUACAACCUGCAUGAGCUUCCUUCUCGCAGCGAGACCAGCCGGAACCAAGCAUGAGACGCGGUCCUACACACAAAGGAUUUGACAUGUUCUCAAUAAAAGACAGUGUUAUACCACUGCAGUGUGGCUGGGUUUUCUCUCUCGUGGUCCCCGUGGUCCUCUGGCAGGCCUGAGGGCAGCCCUAAAGAGCAUAAUUUGCAGGGGUGCAUAAGCACCUGCUGAGGGCUGCCCGCUGACUGGUCUCGUAGCCGUGCACUGAUCCAGCGCUCAGCGCAUUCAUACCCAGCUCGGGACCGUUCCUCCGAGCCCUUGGACCCGCGGGUCCCUCACGGUCCUCCUGAGCAUGCGUCGCCCACCCCCACAUGCAGGGUGUGUAGAGGACAGUCAGGCAGCUGCCCCUGCUCGUGUCCCCGCCUGUGAGAAGGGACGACAAGGUGGCCCCUGUGACCUGUCGGGCUGUGUGAGGGCGACACGGACAGGAAAACACAUGGGAAGAACCUGGGCUGGCCAACAGGCCACUGGCCAGGUGGACUGGGGUCUCAGGUGCAGGGAAGCAGCGCAACUAAGAAGGCGGGACUUUGUCAUCCAGGGCUGACAUUUCUGAAAGACGCUCAUAACAGGCCAAGUGGAAAGCCGGCUGCAGAGAGCGGUAUUCGUGCAUUUCGCGGUUGCGAAGAAAUGCGGGUGCAUUAUGUACAGCACAUACGGAACAGCCCGGAAGGGGCUGAGUCUGGUCUAUGUGAGUGGGGAUUUGGGGUGGUUUUAAUUUAAUUCUGCCUUUUUAAGCUUACCCAUUUGUCUGAUGUUUCUGCAAUUACAUGAAAAGUAAAGAGGAAAAUGUUUUUAAAAGUCAAAAUCCCCAUGCAAAUAAAAAGCACUGUUAUGAAAAA